AAGUAGUUUAAAGCCCAUUAAUAGCUGAAGAAUUAUGCCCAAUUGUUGAUCUUCGUUUAUUUUUUUGGCCUUCUAAUGGCUGUAGGCCGUGCCAAUUCUUUGUUUUUGGCUUUCGCUUUUGCAUGGCUCAUUAGGGCUUGCAUGGCCGGUCAAAUUGGUUUUAGAUCGAGGUUGCUAGCUAGUGAUCGAAAUCAAGUGUGGUUUUCUGAUAAUGGCACAUUUGCAUUUGGAUUUAGUCCGGUGAGUAGUAGCGGUGGCAACGUCGGUGACCGAUUUCUACUUGCCAUUUGGUUUGCGGAGCUUCCGGGGGAUCGAACUGUAAUUUGGUCGGCUAAUAGUUCCUCUGCUCUUCGUUUAAGCGACCAUGUUUCAUUUCUUUCUCAAUCAUUUACUUAUAGAAACUCUCCAGUCUCCAAGAAUGCGAUUGUGGAACUCGACGGCACCGGGAACCUCGUCCUCACCAACGACGGCAGCGCCGCCGUCUGGUCCUCCAACACCUCUGGAGAUGGAGCAGAGUUUGCUGUCAUGUCGGAAUCCGGAAAUUUCAUUCUCUUCAACGCUGAACGAAGCCCUGUUUGGCAGAGCUUUUCACACCCUUCUGAUACCCUUCUCCCAAAUCAACCUCUAUCAGUCUCUUUAGAGCUCACAACAUCCAAAUCCCCUUCCCAUGGCGGAUAUUAUACCCUAAAAAUGCUCCAACAACGCACCACUCUCAAACUCGCCUUGACAUUCAAUUUGCCUGAAAGUUACGAGGGUUUGCCUGAAUCUUACGCAAAUUACUCAUACUGGUCGGCCCCUGAAAUUUCCAAUGUAACGGGGGAAGUCAUCGCUGUUUUAGACGAAGGUGGAAGCUUCGGUGUUGUGUAUGGGGACUCCUCUAAUGGUGCGGUUUAUGUUUACAAAAACGAUAACGAUAAUGGCGGAUUAUCGGCAUCGACAAAUCAGUCUAUUCGUAAUGUACGGACACAAGUUGUUCGACGAUUGACCUUAGAGAGUAAUGGGAACUUGCGUUUGUAUCGAUGGGAUGAUGAUGUUAAUGGGUCUCGUCAAUGGGUGCCGGAAUGGGCGGCGGUUUCAAAUCCUUGUGAUAUUGCUGGAAUUUGUGGAAAUGGGAUUUGCUAUUUGGAUAAAAGCAAGACGAAUGCGUCUUGUUCUUGCUUGCCGGGGACUUUCAAGGACAACGGCGGCAGCCAAUGCUUUGAAAAUUCAUCGUCGGUUGGGAAAUGCGGUGGCCAAAAUCAUCAAUCUCCCUCGACUCAGUACAGGAUUUCUCCUGUUCAGCAAACAAAUUACUAUUAUUCUGAGUUCUCUGUAAUUGCAAAUUACAGCGAUAUCAACACAGUAUCGAAAUGUGGUGAUGCUUGCUUAACUGAUUGUGAGUGUGUUGCUUCUGUUUAUGGGCUUGACGAUGAGAAGCCUUACUGUUGGGUGUUGAGAAGCUUAGAUUUCGGUGGAUUUGAGGAUGCUGGUUCGACUCUCUUUGUGAAGGUCAAGUCUAAUGGCUCAAUACCAGAAGCCAACGGGCCAGGAGCUGAAGGAGAUUCUUCAGGAAGUGCUAAAGAAAAGGCUACGGUAAUUCCUAUUGUUCUGAGUAUGGCUUUUCUGAUUGGGCUGCUGUGUCUGUUGUUAUAUUAUAAUGUUCAUAGAAGAAGAGCUAUGAAGAGAGCCAUGGAGAACUCUCUCAUCUUGUCUGGUGCUCCCAUGAGUUUUACCCACCGUGAUUUGCAGGUCCGGACGAACAAUUUCUCCGAGGUUCUUGGAACAGGGGGAUUUGGUAGUGUAUAUAAAGGAAGCCUUGGAGAUGGGACUCUGGUAGCUGUGAAGAAACUUGACAGAGUUUUCCCUCAUGGAGAGAAGGAGUUUAUAACCGAAGUUAACACAAUUGGAUCUAUGCAUCACAUGAACUUGGUUCGGCUCUGCGGAUACUGCUCAGAAGGAUCGCAUAGGCUUUUAGUUUAUGAGUUUAUGAAAAAUGGGUCAUUGGACAAGUGGAUAUUUCCAACGCAUCAUAAUCAAGACAGAAUUUUAGAUUGGUCGACUCGGUUUCACGUAGCUGUUGGCACAGCACAAGGGAUUGCUUAUUUCCAUGAGCAAUGCAGGAAUAGGAUCAUACACUGUGAUAUCAAGCCAGAAAACAUUCUAUUGGAUGAAAACUUUUGUCCCAAAGUUUCAGACUUUGGUCUGGCUAAGCUGAUGGGAAGAGAGCACUCACAUGUUGUAACAAUGGUGAGAGGGACAAGAGGAUAUUUGGCUCCAGAGUGGGUUAGUAAUCGCCCAAUCACUGUUAAAGCCGAUGUUUAUAGCUAUGGAAUGCUUCUCUUGGAGAUUGUUGGUGGCAGGAGAAACCUUGAUAUGUCUUUUGAUGCUGAAGACUUCUUCUAUCCUGGUUGGGCUUACAAGGAGAUGAGGAAUGGGACGCAUUUCAAAGUUGCAGACAGGCGACUAGAGGGUGCAGUGGAGGAAGAAGAGCUUAUGAGAGCAUUGAAAGUUGCAUUUUGGUGCAUUCAAGAUGAAGUUGUCACAAGACCGACGAUGGGCGACAUCGUGAGGAUGUUGGAAGGAUCGAUGGAAGUUGACAUGCCGCCAAUGCCACAGACAGUGGUGGAGCUGGUUGAGGAAGGAUUGGAUCAAGUCUAUAGAGCCAUGAAAAGAGACAUCAACCAGUCAAGUUCCUUCACCAUUAAUAGCCAUCCUUCAUCUUCUUUGGCUACCUGCAGUCAUUCCACAAUCUCUCCAAGAUAGUUAAAAUGUAACACACAACAAAGUUUUGUUUAGAACAUCAGAAGUAGGAUCCUGCAGUCAUUCCACAAUCUCUCCAAGAUAGUUAAAAUGUAACACACAACAAAGUUUUGUUUAGAACAUCAGAAGUAGGAUUCUGCUCUGUAUCUAUAGCCAAUAUAUAUUUUUUUU